AUUAAAACGCCGCCGACUCUUCUCUUGUCUCACUCGCAAAUAAUUUCUACUCAUUUUGAGUCAUCGUCGUUCUGGAGGAGACCCAGAUGGGAAAAUUCUCAUCUCUACCUUCUCCGCACUACUCCAUGUCGGUAAUUGAUGUUCCCCGGCGAGCCAAUCGCCUGAAAUUUCUUCCACAUCUCUUCAUCUUACUCUCUGUUUUCUCUGUAGUCCAAUCAAAUGAUCUUGACAUCUUAAUGAAAUUCAAAGCUGCGUUUCCGAAAUCCAAUACCGUUGUUUUCGAUUCAUGGACGACUACUAAUAACCCUUGUAAUUUCACCGGAGUUUCCUGCAAUUCGCAGGGUUCGGUAACAGGUAUUGAACUUGGUAACAAAAGUUUGGUCGGUGUUAUUCCUGUAGAUUCUCUCUGCCAGCUUCCAUUCCUGCAGAAAUUGGGUCUCGGAUCGAAUUUCGUGUACGGUACCAUCACUGACGCUUUGAGGAAUUGCAGUAGCUUGCGAUACUUAGAUCUUGGGUUUAAUUCCUUCUCUGGUUCGGUCCCUGAUUUAUCCAGUCUAACUCAAUUAGAGCUAUUGAGUUUGAAUGCCAGUGGGUUCUCCGGUCCUUUUCCAUGGAGUUCUCUGGCGAACAUGACAAAUCUCGCCUUCUUGAGUCUUGGCGAUAAUGUCUUCGAUAGGGCUCCAUUCCCUGUGAAGGUUUUGAAGCUCGAGAAGUUGUAUUGGCUGUACCUCUCUAAUUGCAGCCUUGAAGGAACGAUUCCUGUGGGCAUCGGAAAUCUCACUCGGCUCAUCGACCUAGAACUCUCUGACAACUUUCUCACCGGCGAGAUUCCGGUGGAUAUCGGGAAGCUUUCGAAUCUCUGGCAGCUUGAGCUCUAUGACAAUCAAUUGACAGGGAAAUUCCCACCUGGGUUUGGAAACCUUACUGCUCUCAAUUACUUCGACGCUUCCAAUAAUCUUCUUGAAGGAGACCUAUCGGAGCUGAGAUUCUUGACAAACCUCAUGUCUCUACAACUCUACGAGAAUCAAUUCUCAGGUGGGGUCCCCGAGGAAUUUGGUAAUUUCAAGGAACUUGUGAAUCUCUCGCUCUACACAAAUCAGCUCACGGGUCCUCUUCCUCAGAAGCUUGGUUCAUGGGCAGACUUCAUUUUCAUCGACGUUUCGGAGAACUAUUUAACAGGUCCGAUUCCACCGGAAAUGUGUAAGAAUGGCCAGAUGACGAAAUUGUUGAUUUUGCAGAACAAUUUCACCGGUGGAAUCCCAACGAAUUAUGUGAAUUGUACAUCAAUGGUUCGUUUCCGAGUGAACAACAAUUCUCUUUCCGGCAGCGUUCCCCCCGGACUGUGGGCUUUGCCGAACGUCUACAUGAUCGAUCUCACUAUGAACCAAUUCGAAGGUUCCGUCACGGCAGACAUUGCAAAAGCCAAUUCCCUCGGGCAGUUACUCCUCGGAAGCAAUAGAUUUUCUGGUGAAUUACCGCCGGAGAUCACAAAAGCAUCUUCUCUGGGUUUGAUCGACUUGAGCCUUAACAAGUUUUCCGGCCAGAUACCGUCGAGUAUCGGAGAACUAAAGAAUCUGAAUAACUUUUAUUUGCAGAAUAACCAAAUCUCUGGUUCCAUACCGGCUUCGCUAAGCUCCUGCGUGUCUCUGAACGUGAUAAACUUUGCCGGGAACUCACUCUCUGGUUCGAUUCCUUCGACUCUUGGAUCGCUACCUUCUCUCAAUUCGUUAAAUCUAUCAGACAACGAGCUUUCGGGAUCAAUCCCUUCGAGUUUAUCUUCUUUGAAGCUAAGCCUUCUGGAUCUUUCCUACAACCAAUUAAGCGGUCCAAUACCACAAUCACUCUCUAUACAGGCUUAUAACGGUAGUUUCGCAGGGAACCCCGGCCUCUGUAGUUCGAACAUCAAUUCCUUCCGGCCAUGUUCGGAUUCCGGAACUGUUGUGACCAGAACUGUUAUUUCUUGUUUGGUUGUGGGAGCAGCCGUAUUGAUUCUGUCAGUUGGUUGCUUCCUUUUCUUAAAGAAGAGGCAGAAAGCAAAUCAGGACCGUGCGAUGUCCAGGGAUUCUUGGGAUAUGAAAUCAUUCCAUGUGAUGAGUUUCACCGAACACGAGAUACUGGAUUCCAUCAAACAGGAGAAUUUGAUCGGAAAAGGUGGCUCCGGUAAUGUCUAUCGGGUGGUGGUUGCCGACGGUAAACAACUGGCGGUGAAGCACAUAUGGAAUAACCCACCGGAAUCCAAAAACAACCGGAGCAGCGCCCCCAUGCUGAAGCGGCGGAACGGAUACCAAGAAGAGUUGGAAGCGGAGGUGGCGACGCUGAGUUCUAUCCGACACGUGAACGUGGUUAAGUUGUACUGCAGCAUCACAAGCGAAGAUUCCAGUCUAUUGGUGUACGAGUACAUGCCAAAUGGGAGUCUGUGGGACCGGUUGCACACGAGUGGAAAGAUGGAGUUAGAUUGGGAGAAUCGGUACGAAAUCGGAGUUGGAGCGGCGAAGGGGUUGGAAUAUCUUCAUCACGGGUGCGAGAGACCGGUGAUACACCGUGACGUGAAGUCUAGCAACAUAUUACUGGACGAGUUCUUGAAGCCUCGAAUCGCCGAUUUCGGACUCGCUAAGAUCGUUCGGGCGAGUGGAACCACCAAAGACUCGUCCUCCACACAUGUCAUCGCUGGCACUCAUGGUUACAUCGCCCCUGAGUACGCGUACACCUGCAAAGUGAACGAGAAGAGUGACGUGUACAGCUUCGGAGUGGUGCUGAUGGAGCUUGUGACGGGAAAGAGGCCAAUGGAACCGGAAUUCGGGGAGAAUAAGGAUAUAGUGUAUUGGGUGAAUCGGAGGGUUGGAACAAGGAGAGAGAGUGUGAUGGGAUUGGUGGACCCCAGAAUACCGGAGAUGUUGAAGGAAGAUGCGGUGAAGGUGUUGAGGAUUGCAACAAUGUGCACAGCGAAUGUGCCGGCGCUUAGACCGUCGAUGAGAACGGUGGUUCAGAUGCUGGAGGACGCUGAGCCUUGUAAGCUCAUCACCAUUUCCAUUUCAAAAGAAGAUAAAGUAUUAAUGGAAGUGGAGGGUGAGGAGAAGAUCAGUCAGAGCCCCUGAAAACUGAUUAAUUGUGGAAUGUAAAUAAUCAAAUAAUAGUCCACAAUUAGA